AUGUUCCACACCGAUGGCGUCCUCACGGAUGACACCACCAUACUGGCGUUUGACGUCCUGCCUCCUGGUGCCACAGACUUCCGACAUCUUGCAAAGCAGGUGAGGAAGAGCACGCGAAGGAAGGUUCACUCGUGGAAGGACAUUCUGUCCAUCUUAACGUACCCAUUGCAGGAUGGCAGUCAGGAGCCCCUGUCCCUCUACACAGACAUCGACGUCUACACGCACUAUCCACGGAUCACAUCACGAGGGGUGGCGAUGUACAGAAUGAACAAAGAGCGGUACUGUGCACUGUGGGUGCCCCCCAAGGCAGUUCACCCUGUGCGCUAUGACAGCACCAUGGUGGACUUGAUGAACGACCUGCAGCUGGAAGAUGGUGGCAGGUGUUUGUCUGAGCCUGCAGAGGGGCUGAUCGAGCAGGAUGGGGUGGCAGGCGGCAGGAUGGAGGCACGUGUUGGGAAGGAUGGUGGAAAGGUGAAAGUUGGAAGGAGGCCGUAA